AUGGAAAACAUGAAAGAAAAUGCAGGAUUGAUCCCCUUCCACUACAAAGGCGAGACUUACCACACAUGGUACAAAAUCGUUGGAGAUCUCCAUUCCGGCGCGACCCCACUCGUCACUCUCCAUGGUGGUCCUGGGGUAUCUCACCAUUACAUGCUCCCGCAUACCGACCUAGUAGCUCUGCACAAGAUCCCAGUCAUCUUCUAUGACCAGAUCGGCAUAGGUGCGUCGACGCAUCUCCGCAAUAAGCCAGCUGAGUUCUGGACGCCCGAGCUAUGGAUGGAUGAGCUCGAGAAUCUCCUGGCAUACCUCGGGAUCCAGGAUGCCUUCGAUAUCGUCGGAAACUCAUGGGGAGGCAUGCUCGGUGGGCAGUUCGCUGGCGUCCGACGCCCGCCAGGCCUCAAGCACCUGGUUGUCGCGAAUGCGGGAGCAUCCAUGGAGUUGUGGCAGAUUGGUACCAAACAGCUGCUCGAGAGGCUAGAGCCGGAGGAGGUAAGAGAGACGAUCAAAAAGCAUGAACGAGAGGGGACUGCGGGCAGCGAGGAGUGGCGGAAGGCGAUGGAAGUGUACAACCGAAAGCACAUUUGCAAGGUAGUGCCGUGGCCAGAGGAACUUUUGAUGUCUUUCGCAUCUGGGGACGAGGACCCCACUGUCUACGCCACCACAAUUGGUCCCUCCGAAUUCAACAUAGUCGGUACCUUCAAACACUGGUCUAUCGUCGACGUAGUCGGGAAUAUCACAGUUCCAACGCUCCUGAUAAACGCACGUGACGAUUCCGCCCAGGACAUAGGAUUGAUCCCGUUUUUCGAGAAGGUUGCGCGCGUCAAGUGGAUACAGUUUGCCCAUAGUUCACAUACCCCCUUGUUUGAAGAGAGGGAAAGAUACAUGGAGAUUCUAGGCAAUUUCCUGACGAAGACGGUUUAG